CGGGUGCCACGCGUGGCCGAACACCGCUCCCAGGUGCCGCCGACGACGGACGUGUCGCCCAGACGUGCUGAGGACGUGCGGAGGACGUGCUAGAGACGUGGUAGAGACGUGCAGGGACGUAGCGCGCGAGCGACUGUGGCUGCCGGCGGUCAGUGUCGGAACGGGGCGAGAGCGCAGCGCUCGGGUUGAUGACGGAUUUUCCACAAGCGUCUAAGCUGGCAACCCUGGCCCCCACCGUGCAGUCCGAGAACUCUCCGGGCGCCACGCUGUCGUCCAAUCAGGAGGACUUUUACAGCGACUACGACCAAUCACCGGCGCCGACACAAAACCCCAUGAUCGUCAUGGAUAUGAACGCCUCUCAGCAGCAACAACAGCAUCAUCAGCAGCAACAGCAUGAGCAGCAGCAGCAGCAGCAGCAGCAGCAGCAGUUUAUGCAGAUGAGCGAGGAGUCCUCCAAGCGUAAACGUAAGUACCCUUCGACGAAGGGUAUCAAGAGCACCGGCACCGCACAAUCUCCGACUGAGGAUGGUCACGGCGGUGUGAACCAGCUGGGUGGUGUGUUCGUCAACGGCCGGCCGCUGCCCGACAUGGUCCGCCACAAGAUCGUCGAGCUGGCGCACAACGGCGUGCGCCCGUGCGACAUCAGCCGCCAGCUGCGCGUCAGCCACGGCUGCGUCAGCAAGAUCCUCAGCAGAUUCUAUGACACCGGCUCGGUGCGGCCGGGGGUGAUCGGCGGAUCAAAACCCAAGGUGGCCACGCCCACCGUCAUUCAGGCCAUCGCCGAAUACAAGCGGGCCAACCCGACCAUCUUCGCCUGGGAGAUCCGCGAGCGGCUGCUGGCGGAGCGGGUGUGUGACCAGGAGGGCGCGCCAAGCGUCUCCAGCAUCAACAGGUUUUAUGAGACGGGCAGCUUCAAGGCGGGUGUCAUCGGGGGCAGCAAGCCCAAGGUGGCGACGCCGCACGUGGUGGACGCCAUCGCCAAAUACAAGCGCGAGAACCCGACCAUGUUCGCCUGGGAGAUCCGCGACCGGCUGCUGGCUGAGAAUGUGUGCAACCAGGACAACGUACCGAGUGUGUCCAGCAUCAACAGAAUUGUGCGGAACAAGGCGGCGGAGAAGGUGCGGGGGAGCCACGGCGGCUCUGGCCAGAGCCACCAGCAGCACGGGCACACGGGCGGCCUGCCCUCACCCAUCGGUCAGACCUCGGUCAUUGCGCAUGCGCCGCCGGCCGCGCACGACCUGAGGGACAUCCGACCCAGCUACAGCAUCAACGGCAUCCUGGGCAUCGGCGCGCAGGACCCCAACGGAAACAACAUCGGCAAAAGGAAACGCGACGACGAAAACGACGAAAGACGCCUGAUUGACAACCUGUACGACCCUAGGCCAGGUAACUAG